CUGAUAAGUGUCGGAACCAGGAAUGAUGUCACUUUAUUUGUAUAUAUUCCCGGCCAUGCAUAAUCAGCGAACGACGUCUCUGAGCUGACGGCUUCAGCAGAUUCCAGCGCACCACCGGGACGGUCACCACCGGAUUCCUGUUCACCUGUGGCUUCCACAAAAUGGAUCCGCAUAAGAAGUGGACACCAGAAGAACCGAAUACCCCGCCGAAUUUCUCAAACAGAAGAAUGAAUUCAGGGGCUGAUAAUAUGUAUGCGGAACAGGAACAUCCAGACAACCUGAACAAUCAAAAUACGACGGACAAUCAAAAUACGCAGUCAGAACAAAAUGACAGACAACCACAAUAUGCGGGUGCCUACACAGUGAUCCCUCCCAACGAGUCUCGUCGCAGCAAACUGCAGCGAAUGGCACAGCAGGAGGAGCAGGAUCUGCAGAGAUGGAAAGAGGAGCACCGUCCUGGCCCAAUCCAGCUGCCCCCGUCCCAGCUGGGUGGCUCUGUAUCACUGGAUGAGGCCAGAAAGAAGCAGUUUCUGCAGGCAAAGCAAUCUAAACUCCAGAAAAAGCUGAAACAGGAAGAAAUGGACAGAAUACGGAGGGAAGAGGAGGAAAAAAAGUACGAGCUCAUGAAGACUACGCAGCGUGAAAAGACUAUCAAACUAGAGCAGAAGAGUAAGGAAGAGGACAUGCGGAGAAGGUUCCAGUACGAACAGGAUCGCCAAGCGAAAACGGCGGAGUUUCUUCAAAGGGUCGGCGGAUCCAGCUUGGCUCCAGCGGCAACGAGCAGCGCUCCUCCUACGUCAUCCUGGGUGCGCGGGAGGGGGUACAGGGAGGCCCAGAGACAGGAGGAGAACGACCUUUUGCUGCAGAAGAGAGAGGAACAGAGGAGGAAGGGUGAACACCUAGAAGAGAAACAGAAAAGGCUGGAAGAGGAAAGGCAGAGGGAAACUAAAAUGGAACACCGACGGGUUAAUUCUGCUUUCCUGGACAGAAUUGAGGGCAGGGCCAGUUCAGCUUUGGAGGCGGAGCCUGCUCCCGCCACCCCUGAAGACUGCUGCGGCCUGCAGGUCCCCGGCCCAACCCUGGGGGCCACGCUGAGCUCGGGGGCCACACUGACCCCAGAUCUGGCAGACGGCACAGAGGAGGCCGGUAGCGAUCGUGACUGGGUGGUGAUGAAACUCAUCAAUGAAUUUCCCUUCUGUGAGCGAGACUUCCUGGAGGACAUUGUGGAUCAGUGCGAUGGAGACUACCAGCGGGCCUACAGCCUGCUCCAGUAGACCCCUCAGCUGAAGCUGUGCUCUGCUCCAGUAGACCCCUCAGCUUUAUUGGGAGUCUUUAUUGGGAUAGAUGCAGAUGGGUAGUUAUUAUAUGCAGUGUGUGGAAAUGGUGGCUGUGGGGUAGUGCUCUGCUGAUUAGAGUUUUAAUUGUAGUUUUGGUGAAACUUGAGCAAGAUCCAGCUUAAGUGUCAAUAACUUCAUAUGUAAACCCAAUCCAACCAGGAGAAGGGUUGGGAUUUUCAAGCUACCCCCCAACCCACACAAACUAAAUUAGCAUCACGACAUGCGGCUGCGACAUGCGAACAGAAAGCUAGAAUGUCCAACAUUUGUUAUGACAUCAUUAUGUUUUUUUACAUAGUUUAAUAAGGAGAUAAUAAUUAAACUGACAUUGAUCUUACCAAAUUUUCUCUUUGAGUAUUUUUUUUUUUGACGACUCAGAGCAGUAGGCGGUGCUUAGUGUUUUCACCUGCCUGUCUGCUGGAUGGACCAUUACAGGUGUGUUUUAGUGUAGUGGGUGAGGAGCUGGAGUUAACUCAGGUGUGUUUCUGUAGGAUUAAAUAUGUGGUGGGGUGCUGUUGUUUAACCAGGAACAGCGUGCUUAACACAAAACGCUGUGAAAUCUGUAGAAGGUGUAGUCGGCAGGACAGUCGACUCGAGCCCCCCCCCCCCCCCCCCCCCCCCACAGAACAGUGAGACAUUCCAAUCGGCUCACCUGUAAACCCACAGCCCGCAUUCAGAACUGCUGUACUCUGCGGGAUCUCUUAUAGAGCUAAAGUAAUGUUAGGGGGGAGUAAUUCCUCUGGCUUAACCCUAUUUAGUUUUUUUUUUCAAAGGGCUGUGACAGUGCCAGAGCAUUCUAUGAGCCCCUAUACCGUUCAGGAGAAAUCUCAAUGCCAAACACAGUGAAAUACAUCAGACUGCAUUAAUCUGCAGAAUAAAAGCAGCCUCAGUGGGUUUCACCUUAAUAGGGCCAGGCAACUCUGCAUUAGUGUAACUGAAGUUUCCAUUUGAAUAAAAAAACACUUUGGCUAAAAUGUUCAAACAUAAAUGCUAAAUCAUGGCUAGCAGGAGCGUGUUUUCACAUGCACUUUAAAAGUGAGGCAAAUGUUUUACUGCUGAAUUCAUCUUUCGGAAUUGAAAUUUCUGAAAUGAUUUUAAAAAUCACCAUUUUACUUACUACUUCACAUAAAAUUACAUAAAAUUGUAUCCAGUGUGACUGACAUGCUUUUACAUGUAAUCAAUUUAUACUGCUGGAUAUUUACUGAAGCAUUUCAGGCUAAGAGCUUUAUUUCUGCCAUCACAGUAUAAAUAUGCUGAUUUAUCAUAUAAUCACCUAUAACAUCCUAAAAAGUAACCUGUAAUAUUCACACCAGAAGACCAAUCGGUAUAAUUGCAACAAUUAUAAUAAUAAAAUACCAAUGCCUUUUCAAUACUUUAUUAAAAUGUGCAACAGGGAAAUAAUAAACAUUUCUGUUUAUAAUAUAUGA